CAGGUCAACAUUCUGUAUCAGAACAUCAAUAUAGUGGAACCACGAUUAAUUCAACCAUAUGAAAAUGUUAUUAAGAACUUUAUUAGAGAGAUCAAGCUGCAGAGCACAGAAAUGGAGACCUUGGCCAUCGCUGUAAAAAGAGCACAAGAUAAAGCAGCCAUGCAGCUUGGUGAACUAGAAGAGGAGAUGGACCAGCGCAUACAGGCUACAGAACGUAAAAUCAAGAAGGAGGAGAAGCGUAAAGCAGAAGAAGCUUUGAAUGAUCUCAAGCGUCAAUAUGAAACUGAAGUGGGGGAUCUCCAAGUGACAAUAAAAAAAUUAAAAAUGCUUGAGGAACAAUCUAAAAACAUUAAUCACAAAGAAGAUUUGGCAGUAUUAAAAAGAAGGAUACAUGAUCUGAUCUUGGAAAACCAGAAACUUAAAAAAGAUCUUAUGGAAGCACAGACAAAUAUAGCUUUUCUUCAGAGUGAAUUAGAUACUUUAAAAAGUGAUAUUGCAGAUCAAAGUUUGAAUUCAGAAAGAGAUCUAGACAUGAUCAGAGAGUACACUGAAGACAGAGAUAGCUUGGAGAGGCAGAUAGCAAUAUUACAGGCAGCUAACAGGAAACUACAUGACAGUAAUGAUGGCUUAAGAAGUGCAUUAGAGAAUAGUUGGAGCAUAUACAACAGAUCACUGCGUCUAACAAAUAUUUCUCCUGGAAACACAUUGUCCAGAAGCAGUCCCAAAUGUGUUGGUGGCCAUUCUCCCCAAAAUCUACAAUAUGACAGGCUGUCUCAUUCAUCCUAUGUGGAUGAAGAGUAUGAUUCCCUCGCACUUUGUGAUCCAAUGCAGAGGAUAAACUGUGAAGUUGACAGCUUGCCUGAAAGCUGCUUUGAUAGCGGCUUGUCUACGUUAAGAGAUUCAAAUGAAUAUGAUUCAGAAGUGGAAUCCAAGCAUCAAAGAACGUCUCAGAGAACACAGUGUCUGCAGGAAAGCUUCCCGGGUGACGCUUCUGACACAGACGUAAGCAUUUUCCGUAUGGUUGAUUCUGUACACAGCAACUCCAGAUACCCAAGCUCAGAGAAGGCCUACAAGAUAGUUCUUGCUGGGGAUGCAGCCGUUGGGAAAUCUAGCUUUCUUAUGAGGCUUUGCAAAAAUGAAUUUCGAGGGAACACCAGCGCAACCCUGGGGGUUGACUUUCAAAUGAAGAGACUCAUUGUUGAUGGAGAACCUACCGUGCUACAGCUUUGGGAUACUGCUGGUCAAGAGAGGUUCCGAAGUAUUGCUAAAUCUUACUUUAGAAGAGCAGACGGAGUCCUACUACUGUACGACGUUACCUGUGAAAAAAGCUUUCUUAACGUACGAGAAUGGGUGGAUAUGAUAGCGGAUGCCACACAUGAAAAUAUCCCAAUCAUGAUGGUGGGAAACAAAUCAGAUCUUCGUGAGACGGCUUCUGAAGAAGGACUAACAUGUGUACCUCUCAACUAUGGAGAAAAGUUGGCUAUGGCUUACAGUGCACUAUUCUGUGAAACAAGUGCUAAAGACGGCUCUAAUAUUGUUGAGGCAGUGCUUCAUCUUGCUCGAGAAGUGCGAAAAAGAAGCGAUAACAAAGAUGAUGAUAAAACAGUCACUAAGCUGGCUGGGACAACACUAAAAAAGUCUUCGUUCACCAAAAACUGCUGCAGUGUUUGAGAAGUAACUCCUUGGCCUCAAAGAAACAGACUUCUGUGGCAAUGGAAGAGGA